UCAAAUGUUAGAAAUGAAUGAGCAAUUACGUAACAUAUAAUGGAAAACUGCAUUUACUUCAUUAAAUUACCUCCAACCAGCAUCUAUUACACCCCUUUAAUUCUUCAUUUAAUAGUCUUCCUCAAGUCAAACUUCUUAUCAUCAUCAUAAUUUUUUUGUGGAAUUUUUGUUAAUUUGUUAUUAUCAAUCACUUCUUUCCAGUUAUUUUUCUAGCAGCAUGCUUAUGGCUUUUGAGCAUCAUUCAAGUCCACCCACAAAUACAAUGAUUUCUAGCCAAACAUUCACCUGGAUAGUUUUCCGUUUAGUCCUUUCAUCUGCAGCAGAAGCAAAUAUGUGUAAUCGAUCUUGUGGAAAAGUGGAAAACAGAGUGCCAUACCCGUUUGGAUUUUCCGACGGUUGUGGCAUCAAGUUAAAUUGUAGCAAGAACAAUGGAAAUAUCCAUAUAGGCGAUUUUCUGGUCCAGAAUUUAACGUCGGAUCGUAUUUUGGUUAGUCUGCCGGGGAAAUGCAACCGUUCGAUUGAUGCACUCAAUCCACUCUUUGGUAAAAACUUUGCAGUUACCGGACGAAAUGGGCUUCUGCUACAGAACUGCAACCCGCCGGUCAACGAUUUUACCAUUCCACGGAACAUGCUUCAUUUCUUUUUCAAGUUUGAUAGUUGCGAUUUUGGGGAUAGAAACAGUAGUAGUGGUGAUUAUAAUCACAAUAUUAGCUAUUAUGCAGAGGCAAAUGAUAGUUAUGUGGAGUUCUUGAACUAUGAAAAAUUUAGAAGAAGGAGUAAUUGCCGCCAUCUAUUUUCGUCGAUCAUGGUGGGUUGGAAUCAGAAUGGCUAUAAUACUGGUAGUAAUGUAACUGAGAACCUCUUUAUAUCGCUGGAGCUGCAGGCACAGAAGGUGGAGCUCCAGUGGUGGUUGCCGGGCCCCUGCCUUUGUCAUCCAAAUGCUACCUGUACAACUGUUAAUGGGACAGGGUUUCGUUGCAAGUGUCUAAAAGGAUAUGCCGGAGAUGGUUUCGCCAGAGGCGAAGGUUGCAAGAUAGUUUCCGAACAUGGUGGAACCAGAGUAGGCUUUCUCAUUGGAGGAAUUAUUGCUGGAGCUUCUUUGGUGGCUGCUGCGGCUUUCAUAUGCCACUGCGUACAGAAACGUUCUGUGUCUCUGAAGAGCCAAUUAAGUGCUAGGCAACUGCUCAGUGAGGCAGCAGGGAACUCCAAUGUACCCCUCUAUCAUUAUAAAGAAAUUGAGCGAGCUACAAACGUCUUUUCUGAAAAACAAAGGCUGGGAACGGGUGCCUUUGGCACUGUAUAUGCAGGAAAGCUCCACAGUCAUGAGUGGGUUGCAAUUAAGAGAAUGAGACGUCAAGAUCACAAUAGCAUUGAACAAGUAAUGAAUGAAAUAAAGCUUCUGUCCUCUCUGAGUCACCCAAAUUUAGUCCGGCUUUUAGGUUGCUGUAUUGAGAAUGAUGAAGAGAUUCUUGUUUAUGAAUAUAUGCCAAAUGGAACUCUUUCCCAGCAUCUUCAAAGAGAAAGGGGUUCGGUAUUGUCAUGGAAUAUUCGUCUGAACAUUGCUGCUGAAACGGCUCAUGCAAUUGCUCACCUUCAUUCAGCAAUGAAUCCUCCAAUAUACCACAGAGAUAUUAAAUCUAGUAAUAUACUUCUAGAUUUCAAUUUCAAUGCAAAAGUGGCAGACUUCGGUCUUUCUAGAUUUGGGAUGACAGACGAUUCCCAUGUUUCCACAGCACCACAAGGGACUCCUGGCUAUGUUGAUCCACAGUACCACCAGAACUUUUAUCUUUCAGACAAAAGCGAUGUUUACAGUUUCGGGGUUGUUCUAGUAGAAAUCAUUACAGCAAUGAAAGUAGUCAACUUUUCUCGACCUCAAAGCGAGAUUAACUUGGCCGCGCUCGCAAUUGAUAGGAUAGGGAAAGGUCUUAUUGAUGAGAUAAUAGAUCCAUUCCUAGAGCCUAACAGAGAUGCGUGGACACUUUCAUCCAUUCACAGAGUGGCAGAGCUGGCUUUUAGAUGUCUUGCAUUUCACUGCGACAUAAGACCCUCAAUGACGGAAGUAGCAGACGAGCUAGAACAGAUCAGGAUCAGCAGUUGGGCACCAUUGGACGAGAAUGUAUGUACGGGAUCAUCAGUAGCAUCCACAUGCUCAUCGCUGCACAAUGGAAGUGAGCUUAUAGAAAAUGCUACAGUUAAGAAGGCAGGUGAUGGAAGUCAGAGAUUGAUUGUUCCGCAGAAGGCGAGCGUUGAUCUGGCUAUUAUGGUGGAAAACGAAAGUUCUCCGGUUUCUGUCCAGGAUACUCAGCUGAGUGAACAAAGUUCAUCACCAUCAACAAAUAGCCUAUUGGGUAACGUAGUUCAAUGACUAUGAAACUAUUUCCUUUACUCUUAGUUCAUGUAUACAGUACAGAGACGCAUGUUUUUGUACAGAAAUGUGUUCUUGGAGUUAUUCUUUUGCAAUCAGCAAUGCCUACACAAAUUAAUCCAAAAUGCUCCUGUAAUUGACUCUCAAACCUUACUUUGACAGUACAUAUAAGAGAUUUCAUCACCAUGCA